AGAUCCAACAUAAGCUUAACUGUGAUCACUCCUAGCUGUUCAUCAAACACCACUGAAGUUCUUGGGGAAAAACUAUCUCCAGGGUUGACUUGGGACACUUAGUAGUUGGGGGAAUCUUCUUAAAGCUUUUAUUUCUUCUUCUUUAAAAAAAUCAUCUUUGAUUAUUUCUUCUUUUCUAGUAAAAUAGAAAUCUAGAGGAAAAACAUAAUGUCAGAGCACAGCAGGAAUUCAGAUCAAGAUGAACUCUUUGGUGAGGAGAUUAAUGAAGAUAAAAUCUUGUCCAACUUGUCCCCUGAAGAACUGAAAGAACUGCAGUCGGAAAUGGAAGUCAUGGCACCUGACCCCAGCCUUCCCGUGGGGAUGAUUCAAAAAGAUCAAACUGACAAGCCACCAACAGGGAACUUUGAUCAUAAAUCUCUCAUUGACUAUAUGUAUUGGGAAAAGGCGUCCAGGCGCAUGCUGGAAGAUGAACGCAUUCCCAUCACCUUUGUGAAAUCUGAGGAAAACACUCAAGAACAGCAUGAAGAAAUAGACAAAGGUAAUAAAAAUAUAUAUCAAUUUUUAAAAGAAAAGCUCAAUAAUGAAAUAGCUACAAACAAGAGAGAAUCAAAAGGCAGCAACAAUGUCCAAGAAACAGAUGAUGAUGAUGAUAAAGAUAAUGAUGGUGAUGAUGAAGAAGAUGAUGAUGAAGAUGAGGGUGAUGAAGAUGAGGAUGGUGGAGAGAGUGAUGAAAAAACAAAGAGGGAAGAGGAAGGUGAAGCAAAGAAGCAAAUUAGAAAUCAUGAGAGCAACUGCCAGCAAGCAAUUAAUAAAGUAUUCAAACAACAGAGAGAAAGACCAGAGGCCCAAGAAAAAAGUGAGAAAAAAAUAUCGAAGUUAGAUCCUAAGAAGUUAGCCCUAGAUACCAGUUUUUUGAAGGUAAGUGCAAGGCCUUCAGGAAACCAAACAGACCUGGAUGGGAGCUUGAGACGAGUUAGACAAAAUGAUCCUGACAUGAAGGAACUCAACCUGAAUAACAUUGAAAAUAUCCCUAAAGAAAUGUUACUGGACUUUGUCAAUGCAAUGAAGAAAAACAAACACAUCAAAACUUUCAGCUUAGCGAAUGUGGGUGCAGAUGAGAGUGUGGCAUUUGCCUUGGCUAACAUGCUACGAGAAAACAGGAGUAUCACCACUCUCAACAUUGAGUCCAAUUUCAUUACAGGUAAAGGCAUUGUGGCCAUCAUGAGAUGUCUCCAGUUUAAUGAGUCACUCACUGAACUUCGUUUUCACAAUCAAAGGCACAUGUUGGGCCACCAUGCUGAAAUGGAAAUAGCUAGGCUUCUGAAGGCAAACACCACUCUCCUGAAGAUGGGCUACCAUUUUGAGCUUCCUGGUCCCAGAAUGGUGGUAACUAACUUGCUCACCAGGAAUCAGGAUAAACAAAGGCAGAAAAGACAAGAAGAACAAAAACAGCAGCAACUCAAAGAACAGAGAAAGCUAAUAGCCAUGUUGGAGAAUGGGCUGGGACUUCCCCCUGGAAUGUGGGAAUUGCUGGGAGGACCCCUGCCAGACCCCAGAAUGCAUGAGUUCCUUCAGCCACUGCCCCAGCCUUCCAACCCCCAAAUAGCACCCUUGAGUCGAAAAAAUGAAAUGAUGAAAAAGCCAUCUCAGCCUCCACAAUGCAGGACGGACCCUGACUCCUUUCGUGUGGUGAAGUUGAAAAGAAUCCAGCACAAAUCUCGGAUGCCAGAAGCCAGAGAAUCGCCUGAGAAAACCAAUCUCAAAGAUGUGAUCAAAACGCUGAAACCAGUGCCGAGAAAUAGGCCACCCCCAUUGGUGGAAAUCACUCCCAGAGAUCAGCUCUUGAACGACAUCCGUCACAGCAACGUUGCCUAUCUUAAACCUGUACAACUUCCAAAAGAACUGGAAUAAGAGUAACUGAAUCAUCUAGAAGAGUAGGAAAUUGAAACCACAACCUUUGGAUUACAGCUUGAAGAUGGCUUCAGCAGGAGUACUUCUUGGAUACAGGUGGCAGACCUGGGAACAAUGCUAGCAUCUAAUGGGGGUAUUUGUAAGAGGCUGAAUGCUUGGGCCAUGAUGAAAUCAGGGCUGCAGAGAAAAGGGAAGGAGAUAAAAUACUAAUAUUCAGAGGCAACGCUUUCUACUUCCAAUUAAUACAAGUGACUUAGGUGAAAUUUAGUCAUGUUUCCAGAAGCAGAAGUUUGAAACAUUUUUUGGUAAACCUUCACUUUACUAUUGCUUUCUUCUGGUAAAUAACAAUAAACAGAAAGUGUAAACAGAA